AUGGCCGUAGCACUGAAGCAAGCUCGCACCGAGGAUUACCGGAGGGAGCAGCAACUGUACCUGGACACGGCGGCCACCCUCUCUCGCGAGCUACUUAGCAAAGGGUACCAUCUGCUCACGGGAGGCACAGACAGCCACAUCAUGCUUCUCGAUCACAGGAAGGACCGCAUCUCCGGGUUCGAAGUGGAGAGCGUGUUGCGCCAGGUCAACAUCAUCGCCAACCAGAACCCGCUACCGGGUGACAAAGGGCUCAGAUUCAGUGGCCUACGGUUAGCAACAACUCCUAUGGUAAUCCGGGGUUUGCAGGACAGCAAGGGGUUCGUGCAGGUUGCCGAGUUGGUCCAUCGCGGGAUUGAGCUCACUAAGGCUCUCAGCAUGGAGUUUAAGAACUCGGAAGCACAACGGAGCCGGAGAAACCUCCUGCACUUGCUCGGUGGAAAGGUAGUACAAUGUAACGAGCUCAAGAAUGAUGUUACAGCGCUUGCUCGACAGUAUCCUUUGCCAUCCUAUCUAUAUCAAAGCUUGUUAUAG